AUGUUUGAUCUGCAGAAGGAAUGGAGCAUCUCCUUUGCUGGAUGCGGCUUCAUGGGGAUCUACUAUGUCGGAGCCAGCAGCUGCAUCCUCGAGAGGUUCCCUCGGUUCAUACGAGGCGCCUCGAAGAUCUACGGAGCGUCUGCAGGUGCUCUGAUGGCCGCGGUUCUGACUGUCGGAGCCCCCCUAGAGGUGUGCUGUGCUGAUUUGAUGUUCAUGGCCAAAGAGGGCCGGAAGCACAAACUGGGGCCCCUGCACCCGGCUUUCAACCUGAUGGGGUUAGUCAAGGACUCUCUGCAGCGGUGCCUCCCGGAAGACGCCCACGUUCGAGCCUCCGGGAAGCUCCACGUGUCCCUGACCAGGGUGUCCGACAGGAAGAACAUCCUCGUGUCGGAGUUUGACAGCAGAGAGGAGCUCAUUCAGGUCCUUGUAUGCAGCUGCUUCGUGCCUUUCUACUGCGGCGUGAUACCACCGACGUACCGUGGCGUGCAUUACGUGGACGGCGCCGUCAGCGACAACCUGCCUCAGUGUCACCAGAAGAACACCACCACGUUCUCCCCGUACGCCGGCGAGAGCGACCUCUGCCCCCGAGCGAGCACGCGCAACUUCCACCAGGUGCGCUUCAGCAACGUCAGCAUCCAGGUGAACUCGGACAACAUGUACAGGGUCACCAGCACCUUCUUCCCCCCGCAGCCGGAGGCGAUGGCUGAGAUCUGCCAGACUGGCUACGCAGAUGCUCUCCGCUUCCUUCAGGAGAACAAUCUGAUCAGCAGCGAGUGUCCUUUGAGGAGUUUGGAGACGGAUGCACCCGGACCUGCACCUGGACCUGCACCCAGACCUGCACACGGACAUGCUUGUUGUGAGCCGAAGGUGGAGGUGGAGGAGCCGGCCGAAGACGAGGAGUCCAAGAAUGCAGUGCAAACACACGAGGAAGAGCACCGGUGGCUGGAUCCACGGCUCAUAGAAAACCUCCCAGUUCAUAUCCAAAAGGCGUUGUGUGAGGCCUGUAGGGAGACGCAGACUGCCGGCGGUCUGCUGUCCUACAUGACCUCUUACCUGCAGAUCCCCCGCCCUCGGCCUGUGGAGUCUGCCUACUCUCUGGCCAAGAGACUUGUGGAUUGGAUCCCAGGUGUGUCGAGGGACGUGGGCCGGCUCUACGGCAUGGCCGGAGACGUGUACAAGCAGGCCUGGAAGGACAACGUGAAGGACAACGUGAAGGACGGCGACAGUGAGCCGUCGCUGCGCGGCAGUACAAGCCUGUCGUUCGGCCUCGACCUCUUGAACCAGAGCGAUGAAGACCUGAACGACCUCCCGGUGACCCCGGGGGCCACUCCCUCCUCCGGUCUCGGCCUCACCUGGAAUACGCAGGACUUGGACCACAUGCCUCCGACUCCGCCCCUCACGCCCACCGACAGCCCCGCCUCUGGGUUCGGCGACGCCCCGGCGGAGUCGCCCAAAGGCCCGGGGAGAGGCUGGGGUUCGGGCCGAGCCGUGGGAUGGAUCCGGAACGCUGCGUCCGAGCAAACGUCCGACCUCGGGGAAACGGGCGAUUCGGCGUUCGAGUAA